GUUAAAAUCUCCCAGAACACUUGCACCGAGGCUUGGGGGGUUGGCCGUAUAAAAAUGGUGUUCCUGACAGGUUCCAAGGGGUCAUGCCAAUACUUUAUACCUCUGAGAGGGGAACUGCAGCUGGGGAGCUGCAUGCUCCAUCCCUUGUUAUUCUGGGGGUGUGCCAGCCCCUGCAUGCGGCUCCUCAGCCAGAGAAUCGUUUCACAUUCCAUCCCUGGUUAUUCUGGGGUGUGCCAGUGCCUGUACCUGUCCCCUGGCUGGCCCCUGUCACUGCUUGCCUUGGCACAGUGCGGCGGGCGGCGCAGCACUGCGGGCUGAAGGAGGCGGCCGAGAACGAGGAGUGGACGGUGUACUGGACAGACACCUCGGUCACCUUGGAGCGCCUCAUGGAAAUGAAGCGCUUCCAGAAAGUCAACCACUUCCCAGGCAUGAUUGAGCUGUGCCGCAAGGACCUGCUGGCUCGCAACCUGAACCGCAUGCUGCGGCUCUUCCCCAAGGAGUACAACAUCUUCCCCCGCACGUGGUGCCUGCCAGCCGACUACGGAGAUUUCCAUACCUUCAGUUCCACGAGGAAAGCAAGAACAUUCAUCUGCAAGCCCGACAACAGCUGCCAGGGAAAAGGGAUCUUCAUAACUCACCACCCAGAGGAGAUCAAGCACGGGGAACACAUGAUCUGUCAGCAGUACAUCUCUGAGCCCUUCCUCAUCGAUGGCUUCAAGUUUGACAUGCGCAUCUACGUGCUGGUCACCUCCUGUGACCCACUGAGGAUUUUUCUCUACAAGGAGGGCCUGGCCCGGUUUGCCACCAUGAGGUACAUCGAUCGCAGCACGAGAAACCUGGGUGACCUCUGCAUGCACCUGACCAAUUAUGCAAUCAACAAACACAAUGAGAACUUCGUCACGGACGACACGGUGGGCAGCAAGAGGAAGCUGUCCACCCUGAAUGCCUGGAUGGCAGAGCACGGCCAUGACACAUCAAAGCUCUGGGAAGAUAUUGAUGACAUUGUUAUAAAGACGCUGAUUUCAGCUCACCCUGUGCUGAAACACAAUUACCAGAGCUGCUUCUCCAACCACCCUACUGGCUGUGCCUGCUUUGAAAUCCUGGGCUUUGACAUUUUGCUGGAUAGAAGGCUGAAGCCGUGGCUGCUGGAGGUGAACCACUCUCCCAGCUUCAGCACGGAUUCUCAGCUGGACUGUGAGGUGAAGGACGCGCUUCUGUGUGACACCUUCGACCUGAUCAACGUGCACGCCUGCGACAGAAGGAAGGUGCUGGAGGAAGACAAGCGGCGCGUGAAGGAACGGCUCCUGCAGGCCAACCAGACUGUCCGUGAGUCCAGGCGCAGGGAGCAGGAGAGCAGCCAGGCUGCCUGGCUGGCACAGGCUGAGAGCUACGAGAACGAGCACCUGGGGGGGUUCCGCCGCAUCUACCCAGCACCUGGGACAGAGAAGUACGAGCCCUUCUUCCAGCAGAGCAGGUCCCUCUUCCAGGACACAGCAUCAUCCAAGGCACGAGAAGAGCAUGCCAGGCAGUACCUAGAGGAGAUUCGCAUGAAAAAUGAAAAGCUGGAAGCUGCCAGCAGGAAGAAGAAAACAGAGAAGAACAAAAGCUCAGCUCCUACAAUCCACCUUGCUAACAGAAGCACCAAGUCAUGGGAUAGAAAGCGCAUCCAGUACAACUCCAUGCAGCCCCAGCACAUCGUGGAACACGAGGAGAAGAGGAGAGUGAAUUCUCUGCUGCGGCGUGAGAAGCUGAUCCGAAACCUGGGCAUCAUCGACCAGCUUUCCCGGCUGUUCCCCACACCUGACACCCAGGGAUCCUGUGUCCUCCAGAGCCAGCUGCACUUUCCCUGGGAUGUCGUCGGGAACAACACCACCAACAAUGUAAUGAUGGUUAUCUCAUUCCUGGGAGCCCCAGCUCAGGAGGGCCCUAGAGCCCAGCCCAGGCCACGGCCCAUCCCGGGCCCAGAUCCCAGCGACAUGAAGAGCCUGUGUGUAGAGGGCCGGAGCGUGCUGUACCACGCGCGCGACGAGGGCUCGCGGGCGCUGGGCGGGGGCUGGCUGCAGGGCCAGGCCGCGGGGGCAACGCUCACCCAGCCCUGCACCCACCCCAGGCGGCAGCAGCCGAAGGAACAGCAGCUCCCUGCCUCGGGAGCCCAGGCUGAAUGCUGUGAUGCCGAUAGCUCAUCAUGCUCCGAUGGAGGCAGCUGUCCCCCAGUUUCCCCAGCCAGCCCCGGGCAGGUCACGGGUGGUGCCAUCUUCGGCCACCUGCAUCCUCCCAUGGCCACUGCCGUUCAAGUGGAGCACACACAUGCUUCAAACCAUGGCAGAGCCUCAUGCCCGUGUGUCACAUCAUGCCAGCACCUUGCCCCGUGCCAGCAUGCCCCUUCACAGCAGGAAAAGCACAGGUAACACGGC